CACCCUCAGAAAUCUGAAAAAUGGCAGCAGCAGCUACAGCCACCCUCUCCAGCGUCACCUUCAGACCAUCCACCAUUCGCCGACAGCCAGCGUCGAGCCUCCGGGCUUUCUCAAACGUGCAUCAGGCCAUGUUCGGCAUCAAGGCAGGCCGUGGUGGGAGGAUAACAGCUAUGGCUGUCUACAAGGUGAAGUUGCUUACACCAGAGGGGCCAAUAGAAUUUGAAUGUCCGGACGACGUUUAUAUCGUGGACCAGGCAGAGGAGGCGGGUAUUGAUCUUCCAUACUCAUGUCGUGCGGGGUCUUGCUCGUCUUGUGCUGGGAAGGUUCUUGAAGGGGAGGUGGACCAAGCUGACGGUAAUUUCCUCGACGAUGAUCAGGUUGGAAGGGGAUACGUUCUGACGUGCGUCGCUUACCCGUUGUCUGAUGUUGUGAUUGAGACUCACAAGGAAGAGGAGGUGACUUCUUGAAUUCAUCAGUUUUAGGUGGGCAUUGGUAGAGAUAUGAUGUUGGUUAUCUGUUUCUGUUUCCUUCUCUCUUUUCUCAUGCUUGAACUUUGGUUUUAAGUCUAUUGCAAUAAUGUAAUCAUCUUCUAUCUCUCUC